CAAUACACAGAAUCAAAAUAAAAUUGACAAGCUUUUCCAUAAAAAAGUUAAAACGUCUGUCUGUGGUUAAGAUUGAAAGGAAAUGAGAAAAAGAACUUUCUGUCCAUGGCAUACGGUACAGAAUUUAUUUAAAACAAAGAAGGUUUGGUUUUCAAGUUUUACCAUAGAGUAGACUCAAAUUGAUUUGUCAAAUAAAUAUCUAGGUAUAUUUUCAUUUUGUGAUGUGUUAUAUGAUAUUUAUUAUUUAUUCAGUAUUUCGUGAUGAGUUCCGAUAAAAAAGGAGUCGUCAAGUUAUCUGACGGCUGGGUGCUUUGCACAUCAAAAUCAAAUCCUGGUAGAAAGUAUUAUUUCAAUAAGAGGACAGGUAAAUCGUCAUGGACCCAACCACAGGCUACUGAAAAGUCUGAUAGGAAACACAAAAACAAGAAAGAGAAAGUAAACAGAGAGAAGAACAAGAAGGAAGAAGCACAGAAGAAUUUAAAGAGGAAAAGCGAUGGCAAUGAAAGUCAGGAAUUGGAAAAGAAAAAGCUUAAAAAGGAAGUCACUGCCACUCCAACAAAGCAGAAAGUUAACAGCCCAUCACCACUCAAACCUAGCCCAAGUACGAAAGAGACCCCUCAGAAACGAGUAAAGAAUGCAGCAAAUCAAAGACUCUCACAGUUAAGGGCAAGGUUAUCAUUAGAAGCUCAGGAUGAGAGCACUAACAGUACAGACCAGUCCCCUAGCAAAGCAGUUAAAUCAAGCCCCACAACUGCCACCACCCCCAAACCAGCCACAGAAACGAAACCCCCAAAAGUUGAAAACAAAAGCCCUAAUGUUACAGAAAACAAAUGCACAACAUCACAGUCUCCAAGCAGUGACAGCUUACAGUCCAUACCUUCCCCUUCGCAGUUCUUUGCGGCUAACAAAAUAAUCUGCUCAAUGAAAGCACAAUUACCUGAAGAUGCAUACUGUGAUAAUCCAAAACCGAAAGACACAUUUGCGGACAUUGAGCAGGGUAUUUGCAAUCAGACUUCAGAAUAUCCAUACAUGAAGCAUCCUUCUACUCCACCACAAUUUUCACAAGCCAGCCAGCUUUUGUCUGCGAUCAAAUCUAAAUUGACUAAAGUGGCUGUUAGUAAGGAUGGGAGUUGUCAAGAGACUGUGGAGACUUAUGCAUCAGCUAGUGAGCGAAUGGAAAAGUUAAGGGCCAGUUUGUCUAGUGACCUGAUGGAAAUCGAAAGUGAUCCACUAGUUUUAAGCAGUAGUGUCAGCAUAGAAAAAAAUUGUUCAAGUGAAGGAAUGGAUGUGGAUCUUAAAGAGAUAAAGCAAGUAGCAGCACCUCUAGCGAAUUGUACAAAGGAUAACAUUAGUACCGACCUUGUAUUAGUUGUGGAUACAAAUAUUUUUAUACAUGAAUUGUCUAUUAUCAAGAAUGUGCUCAAUUCUAAUAUUAAAGGAUUUUCUGGGCAGCCAACGUUGCUCGUACCUUGGCGUGUGGUGAACGAGUUGGACAGACUAAAGGAUAAUAAUAAUUGCAAUGGCGCGGUGUGGAAGCGAGCCAAACGAGCCAUGGAUUAUCUCUACAAGUCCAUUCCCGAGAACAGCAGGAUACGAGGUCAACCGCUUCGCGACGCAAACUCCCACAUAUACCCGUGCGAGUCUCCCGAUGAUGAGAUCCUCAACUGCGCGCUGCAGCAGGCAGAAAGAGGGAAGACUGUGAUUUUGCUUUCAAACGACAAGAUCUUAUGCAGUAAGGCAGAAAUUAAUAACGUCAGGAGUCUCUCGCUGUCUGAGCUGAACGAUCUACUGGAGACUGCUCCUCAGGAGACGGAUCCUGAUGCUUUCGACAACCUGAAGCAUUACCAGGCCACCAUAUAUCAGCUGUUGGCAAACAUACUAGAGAACGAAAUGCGCGCGAAAUACAACAACUUAUGGCAGCACGUACUGUUCAAAGCGCCCCCUUGGACGUUGGCCGAUGUCCUCCAAUGUUUGCUCAAACAUUGGAUAGCCGUGUUCAAUGAGGUGUUCCCCAGGAUAGAACAUCUUAUCAUCGACUUGAAGAACUCUUUGACCUCUGUGGAUAGUAAAGAUUCAAAAUCAUUAACGGACUCUGAAGUAUCAAACUUCAAAGACUUAUGUUUAGAAGUGGCGAAGAAAUGUCAGAUAAUACCGGAGUAUAUGGAACUGGCCAAGGUGACGGUAGACCGGCUUCUGAACGACCGCGCCUGUGAUGCUGAGGACGAGAAACACGGUGAACUCAUGGUCAUAGAAGCCUUCGAAAAUGUUUGGACUGUAAUGUCCAGUUUUUGUGCCAAGUUAGCGAGUCGUUUGGGUGUUUCGCACAAUAUAGAGGAUAAGUGGCCCGGGGACGAGCCGUUGGAAGCGCUCACCACCAAGCUUACACUCUUCACCAAUCAGAUCACCGCCUUCGCGCUCGCUAUUAAAGGAGUGUUAAGCUCAGAAAACCCGGAGUCGAGUAUAGAGGCGCUGGAGCAAGCAUUCCGGGACAGUUUGCAGCUCAUUUGCAUGGACAACGAGUACAUCAACAAGACCAGACUCGCCACCUUCUGCGGUAAAUGCAGAAACAUGCUACAGGAGGCGUACACAAAGUUCGCACAGCUGACAGAACUAAUCGAAGUAUGUAAAAACACUCUUAAUACAGCCAAUCAAUAGACAGGUAUAGUCGCGGUCACAAGUCUGUGAUGUCAUAGUCUAAUAUGUACAGUAGAUCAAGUAUAACUCAGUAUAUAACGUACCUUAUAUUUAGGAUAAUUAGUUAAUUGUUUAUCAUCAUUUAUACAUACAGUUUGCGACAUAAAUAAAUCGUAAUAUCGUAAUUGUGUAUAAUUUUUUCAUAAAGACUUGUCGCUAACUGUACUUCACAGAAUAGACAGAUACACG